CCUGAUCAGGCCUUAAAUUCCGCUUCCGACCCCGCCAUCCGCCCGUCCAGUCCUCGCAUCCUCCUUGUUCAGACAGCGACCAUGUCCGCACGACGAGGCAUUGGCCUCGCACGCUCGUUGUCCAGGGACCUGAGGUCUCAGAGAAGUCUAUCUACUGCCGCUCAACUGCGUGUGGCGGCGUCUGCGGCACAGCGUCCGCGUCGUCGACCGUGUGCCCCAGCUCGUCCUUCGCCGGCGUCCGCUGCGCUUCCCUCCACAUGCUGGCGCGGAGAGGUUCGUUCUGCGAGCAGCGAUGCCGCUACAUCUGCAGCUGCCGCACCCAAGAAGACGCCGCUCUACGAUUUUCACGUGUCCAAGGGUGGCAAGAUGGUCGAGUUUGGCGGCUUCUCUAUGCCCGUGACGUACAGUGAUAUGACCAUCUCCGAGUCGUCGCUGUGGACGAGAGAGAAUGCGAGUUUGUUCGACGUCUCACACAUGCUUCAACACGAACUCUCGGGUCCAGGCGCAGCAGCGUUCCUCGCCUCUAUCACGCCAAUCGAUCCGCAGUCCCUGCCGCCUUUCCACUCUUCCCUCUCGGCGCUGCUGCAUCCGACCGGCGGCAUCGUCGACGACUGCAUCAUAACCAACCUCGGCACCAGGGACGGCGUCCCCGUUUUCUACUUCGUUACCAACGCCGGCAAUCGCGAUAAGGAUAUCAAGUAUCUGGCGGAACAACUGAAGACAUUCCAGGACGAUGCAAAGAAUGACAAAGUGGACUGGAAGAUGCUGACCGACAAUGGCUUGAUCGCUGUGCAGGGCCCCGCUGCUGCGGAGGUGCUUACUCAAGUCGGAGCCGUGGAUCCGAAAGACGGCAGCAAAUGGGACUUCAACAAACUUUACUUUGGACAGUGCGCGUACAUUCGGUUCGGCGACAUGGCGCGGCCGUGCCUUGUGAGUCGAGGCGGCUACACUGGCGAAGACGGCUUUGAGAUCAGCGUACCUUCUGCCGGACGGCUGGGAGAGAACAAGACGCUGAAGCUCGCGGAGCUGUUGCUCAAGACAAGCGACAAGUUGAGGCUUGCAGGGUUGGGAGCCAGAGACACGCUGAGGCUGGAAGCGGGAAUGUGUCUGUACGGGCAUGACAUCGACGACACCACCACGCCGGUCGAGGCUGGAUUGAGCUGGAUUAUCCCGAAAUCUAGGCGCGCAACCGGUGGGUUUUUGGGCGCAGACACCAUACUGUCGCAAUUAAAGCCCAAGAAGGAUGGGGGCAGCGGCGUUAGCCGUCGCAGAGUCGGCUUCACCAUCAAUGACAAGGCUCCCGCCCGGGAAGGAUGCAAGAUCGUGUCCGAAUCUGGAGAGGAGAUAGGCGUCAUCACGAGUGGGGGCCCAAGUCCGUGCUUGGGCAAGAACAUUGCCAUGGGCUACAUCAAGGACGGAAUGCACAAAUCCGGCACGGAGGUGGGCGUUGUGGUAAGGAACAAGACGCGGAAGGCUGUGGUGACGAAGAUGCCGUUUGUACCUAGCAAGUACUUCAAAGGGAGCUGAUAUCUACCGGUUCCUUCGCCAAACAAUGUCACACAUGUCGAAAAGUCGUUGAACUCG